GGCUCUCUGUGAGUUCAUGCCGCGAUGUCUAUGUCUGUUGAGCUUGCGAGGGCAGCCCGACUUCGACGGCAUGGUGGUUACUUUUUCAAAUUUAUCAUCUUCCCGGUGCUGAUGAUGUUGGCAGCUCCUGCCAUGGUACCCAGCCUUCCCAGCCCUUUUCGCGCCUGGAAUUUCGCCUUCGGCUCCAACAUGGAUGUGUCCACUCGGCGACGAAGACAGCUGGCACCCACUGAAAUUCGACCCGCAGUGGCAGAGGGAUGGGAGCUGCACUUCAGCCUGCCGGGCAUUCCCUACAUUGAACCAAGCUUUGCUGCCUUGAGACCGGGGAGCAAUGUGAGCACCCAUGGGGUGUGCUUGGAGUUGGAUAGGGAGAGCUGGCUGCGAUUGCUAGUGUCUGAAGGUGUCCUCGGACCGGAUGAAGCCAAUGGGCUGAAAUCGGAAGCCUUGCAGGAAAUUUUGGAGCUGGCAGCGAGACCCAGAGAUGGCUUUGGAUACAGGCUACUACCCAUAGAGGUUGGAAUGUAUCAAAGCAGCUCCAAGCAGACUGCCUACGCCUUCGUGGACGCCAAAGCCGAAGCUCCACCCCUGCUGCCGCCGUCGCAACGUUAUUGGCGCCUGUUGCGCAACGGAGCGCGGAAACAUGGCUUGGACCGGAACUACCGGGACUACCUGCUGUCACUUCCCAGGUAUGUGCCCUCCUUGUUAUCUCCCGCUGCUUUGCCCACCCUGGCCGCGUCGGCCAUCUCUUCGAUGUCGACCGGUGACGUCGGCCGCGUGGCGCAGUGGCCGGGCCUUGAAGGGCCAGCAGCGGUGGCGAAGGGCCGCUUGGAAAUUGGACACCACUUCCCUUCAGCUUGGUCGCGUUUUUGCACUACACCCAGAGAGAAAUUGUUGACCUCAAUGCGAGAGCUCAUUGGCAAGGAGUCUUCAAUUGUCUACGUUGCAUGAGCGCCAAUUUUCUGCAAAAGACCAAGCAGAGUCCCAGAGAAGUCUGGGAUCGUUCCUUUCCCGUUGGGGAAUCUCUAGGGUAAGAAGGUUAAACCAUUUUAUCCGCUUGUUAGCAGGGUCAGAGAUGCCCUUGCUGCCAUGGCUGUUGUUGAAGCACGUUGCAACAACUUGCUCUUGCACGCCAUGAAAUCGGAACUCCGUUUAUUUAAGGAGAAGCCUCAGACCAGUGCCAGCACGUCAAAAGGCCCCAGCCUUUGAACGCAACUCCUCUAGACAGCGACAGCCUAAGGGGCUUGACACAUGGCCAAG